CAAGUAAACGAGACCGACAUAACCGAUUUGGACUCCCACGCCUUCCUCCUCGCUGCCACGCCAUUGCUCCAGAACUAUUUGAAAGUUUUGAGCCACGCCGUGAAAUUUGUCCCCACAAUCGGUGGUCGGCAAUUUGUCUCGCUGAAACACGCGCUGCUGAUCAGUAAGAAAAUGUACGAAAAUCUGCACUACAACACGGGGGAGCGGACGACUUACAGCUUCUCGUCUUUGUUGGAUCAGGAAAGACAGAGCAACUUUUUGCAGCAGCAAGGCGGGUCGGCGGGGUAUAAUGCUGCAGCCAGCAUGUUCGGCGGAACUACAGGUAGCAAGAUGAACCCUUUCGCCACACAAACUGGUCGUGCGGUCGUGGUUCCGACCAUGGGCGGGCAUCAGACAUCCAUGACGAUCAAUUACGGAGGUUCAAGCGUUGUAGGUGGGCCCUCGAUGAUGUUUCAACAAGGUGGAGGAUUUUCAUCGUUAUCCAGGAAAAAACACCCAUCCCCAUCCAUUUUCUGCAUGAUAAAGAGUGGACUUUAUGCAUGUUUUGCAUACUGACUACUCCGCUUCCCUGUGCCUCUGCUUUGGUGCUAUUUUUAGUGCUUUAGCUAUUAGGCGUCCCCCUCGCAUCUCACCUCCAGGACUUCGGGGACCCCACAUUUCCAAGGUUCUUGGGUGUGGAUGUGUUGUAGCCCGCUCGGAGUUUUCUGUUUUCCAUGCGACUCCGCAGCAUUCAAGUAUUUUUUGGUCAUGUCUUCAUCUUUAGGUUUUGCGCAUGACUGGGCACACGCACAUCCGAGAUCGCUGGGGCGGGUGGGGGGUCCGAGCCAAAAAAAAAGGUCUUUGUGGCGGCUUGGUAUUCUAGGUGCAUGUUUUGCAUGACAAACUGGAUGGGGAUGGGUGUUUUUUCCUGGAUAAUCAUCACAGCAAAACUACCUCUUCCCCCAUCUCCAAGACCCCAACUUCGUCG